GUUUGUCCCACGCAGCUGGAUUUUGACAGUUGAGUGCAACAGCUGACAGGCCAACUCCCGAAAAAGGAAACUACCACCCUUUUCCAUUAUCUUAUUAUUCCUGUGGUCCUCUAUUUUUCUUUCUUUCUUCCACUCAACCCGAUUCAAAACACGCAGUCAUGGAUCAAGCAGCUUACUCAGAGUUCACCUUUGCAACAACAGAGCUCGUAUUGAAGACCCAAGAGUUCUUCAAGACAGAGGACAAAUGGCUCGACGAUGAGGAUCAUAGCGCCAGCAGCAGCAUCAAAAGCUAUGACAAUGAUGACAAUACCAGUAGUAGCCACUGCAGUCAGCAUCGGAAGCUCAGCGACGAAGCCUACCAAGAACUGUUUGACGAAAUAAUUGACACAAGUCAAUGCUGCUGCGAACAACACGAUUCAAAGGUGACGAUGCAUGCGACGACAUCAGUAAAAGAAGAGCAGCCGUCAUUACCGCCAUCCGAUACCUCUAUCAAACCCUCCAUCAUCAUCAUCACACCGCCUGCAACGCCUGUCGCGCACAGUACAAUAGAGCAAGAAGACAGUCAAUGCGUUGAUGACACAGCAGAAGGAGAGCACGGCGUCAUCUUGCGGCGAAGUGCACGCAUAGCAGCAGCAGCACUUGAAAAACGUAACAGCUCUGGGUACGACAGCAGCAACAGUUACAACGUAAAGAUAAAAUCAGCUACGCGAAAGUUGUCACGAAAAAAACGCGUCAGUGAAAAAAAGAACAAUGGAUAGAAACUGCAGUGCUGCGCAGCAUUACAAAUCCCGAUCGAGACGUCUUCAGCUCACCUGUCUCUGCUUUAAUAUACCCACCCCCCCCCCACCCGCC